GUAAAAGUCUGAACGAUCAUCUGUUUGGAUUUUAUUUUAUUUUAAUUUGAAUUUUGAUUCGUCCAAAAAAAAAACUCAAAAUGUCUCAAGAAAAAAAUCGGACCUUUAUUUUGGAUGAAGUCAUUACAGUAUUUCUACUUGAAAUUGAAAAAGGCCUGAAAACAAAUUCGAAAAAAUUAUACUUUCUUUCUCGUAAACAUGUUAAGGUGUUUAUCUUCUAAUUUGAAGAUAACCUCUUCUUUAGCCAGAAAACCCAAUUUAUUACGCCCUAUUCAACCUAUUUCUCGCUCUUUUUCUUCAAGCCAUGCUUUCCGUCAGCAAAAGACAGACUCGAGUGAUAUUAAGAAGCUAUUUCGUUUAGCCAAACCUGAAGCAAAAAGCUUGACAGCUGCUACGGGCUUAUUGGUUGUUUCCUCGGCCAUUACUAUGUCAGUUCCCUUUUCUAUGGGCAAGAUCAUCGAUAUUGUGACAAACCCUUCUAUGAACGACUACUUAGGCUUGAAUAUGCCCGAGUUUGUAGGUGCUUUGUCUAUGGUCUUUGUCCUUGGAGCAGCAGCUAAUACAGGUCGUGUUCUAUUGUUCCGAAUUGCUGGAGAACGCAUUAUUCAAAGAUUGAGAAUGGACCUUUACAAGACUAUAUUAAAACAAGACAUGGCAUUUUUUGACAAGAACAGAACAGGUGAACUUAUCUCAAGAUUAUCCACAGAUACUGCUAUUGUUGGCAAAAGUUUAACCAACAAUGUUAGUGAUGGUCUAAGAGCAUUGGCAACAGCAAGUGUAGGAUCUACUAUGAUGUUGAUUGUGAGUCCUAAAUUAACAGGCAUUAUGAUGUUGAUUGUACCACCUGUAGCAGGAUUUGCUAUUGUCUAUGGUCGAUAUGUUAAAUCGCUCUCUAAAAAGACACAGACAGCUAUCAGUGAUAUUACCAAAGUAGCAGAAGAACGUAUUAGCAAUAUUCGUACAGUACAAGCAUUUGCCAAAGAAUCAGCCGAAGAAAACCGAUACAGAGACCGUGUUCGACACGUAUUUGACCUUGCUCGAAAAGAAGCAUUGGCCAGUGGUGCCUUUUUCGGUAGUGCAGGAUUGUCAGGCAAUUUAGCUGUCUUGGCCGUCUUAUGGUAUGGUGGCCAUAUGGUGAUGGAAAACAUCAUUACCAUUGGUGAAUUGACUUCAUUCAUGCUCUAUACUGCCUACGUAGGCACUGCUUUAGGUGGCAUGACUUCUUUUUACUCUGAAAUCAUGAAGGGUGUGGGUGCUUCAGACCGUAUCUUUCAUUUAUUGAACCGCAAGAGUCCUAUCCCAUUAGACUCGGGCAAAAUCUUGCAAGACAUCAAGGGCAAAAUUACUUUUGAUGGUGUUAAGUUUAGUUAUCCUACCCGUUCUCAGUCAACCAUUUUCAAAAACCUUUCAUUGACCGUUCAGCCUGGUACUGUGAUUGCUGUGGUCGGUUCUUCUGGUUCAGGUAAAUCAACCAUUGGUUCUCUUUUGCUUCGUUACUAUGAUCCUGCUUCUGGCAAGAUCUCUGUCGAUGAUACCGAUAUCAAAGACAUCAAUCUUCAUUGGUGGCGUGAACAAGUCGGUGUUGUUUCUCAAGAACCCACCUUGUUUGCAGGCACCAUUGGUGAAAAUAUUGCUUAUGCCCGCGAAAAUGCUACAGCUGAAGAAAUCGAGGAGGCUGCUACUCAAGCCAACUGUGCUUCCUUUAUCAACACAUUUCCCGACAAAUAUAACACGUUAGUAGGUGAGCGUGGUAUUAGUUUAAGUGGUGGACAAAAGCAACGUAUUGCGAUUGCUCGUGCCUUGCUCAAGAACCCCAAGGUGCUUAUUUUAGAUGAAGCCACAAGUGCUCUUGAUUCUGAAUCUGAAAUUUUAGUCCAAGAUGCACUGAAUCGUUUAAUGCAGGGUCGUACUGUAUUUACGAUUGCUCAUCGAUUGUCUACCAUUCGUUCUGCUGACUUGGUUGCCUGUUUGGAUAAUGGCAGUGUUGCAGAAUUGGGCACUUAUGAUGAUUUGUUAAGUCGUCCAAAUGGCGUAUUCCGUAGACUAGUUGAAUUACAAUCCCUUGGUGGCAAAGUAGAAGACGCUCAACAAUUAGAACAACAAGUCUAAUCAAUCACAUAUUUCUUGUAAUUAUAUCCCCCCUCUCUGUCUCUUUUUUCUAGAUAAUAAACCUUUUGUUAGCAU